AGUUGCGAUGUAGAUUCAUAAUGGAGCAAUCAGCAAUGGAACUAUUGACAUGUCUUGUUGCGGGUUUGACAUUGACAUUGGAACGGAUGUGUGAUAAGUGAUGGUGUUACUUUGGGGAAGCAAGGGAAGGAAAGGAAUGUAAUCGAUCCUAAUCAUUGAUGGGGAGAGUGAACUACCCCGCAAGAGCUGUGUCGAGCUGUGCGAGCACAUGCCACCAUCUACGCCCACGGAUACGCUGUUCUACACCAUCGACACGUCGCCUAUUGGCGAAGAGAAAAAAGCUAAGUCACAAGUUAGGGAGGUCCGUCUAGCGAUCGAAGAGAAGGUGCGGGCAAGGGACGGCCGACAGAGCUGGAGGUGUGCAGCCGUAAUAAAAGAUACAAGGAACGCAGACCGCAUCAAGGUGGUGUGCCGGGACGAGGCGGAAAUGCAACUUGUCAGAGAAGUGGCAGAGAAAGCUGUUGUCAAGGGCACGAGAGUCAUCCGAGACCAGCUAUACCCCGUCAAGGUCGAUGGCACAAAUAGAACUGCGGUACUAGACUCAUCCGGCGAGGUGCUGCCAGGUACGACGGAGGCACCGAAUAGUCACAGAAAUUGGAUCAAGUUUUGCCCGAUAAAGAGAUAUGCGAUGCAGUGGCCGGUCCGCAGUAUGCUUUGGAUCCGCAGCGAUCUAGAGGCGGAGCAGGUGCCGAUAGCUUCGGCCGACCUUAUGGGAGCAAUACUAUGCUGGCCCGAUCGGGAAGUCUUGGUGGUAUUGGUAUAUGUGGGAGGAAAAGACGACUAUGCCUUGCACACAGCCACGAUGCAUCUGCAUACGAUGAUAGCGAACUUCCGCAACAACACCGGCAAAAAAACGGACGUCGUUCUGGCGGGCGACUUCAAUCGCCAUGACCAGCUCUGGGGAGGAGAUGAGAUGACGGGCAGGAGAUGAGAUGACGGGCAGGAGACAAGGUGAAGGGGGGCCGAUCAUCGACCUCAUGGAUGAGUACAGGCUACUCAGCCUUCUACCACGAGGGACGAAGACGUGGGAAGAGCCGGGUUGUGAGAUCACGAUUGACUUGAUGCUUACAUCCACUGAGCUGGCAGAAGAGGUGGUUCACUGCGGCAUGCAUCUGACCGAGCAUGGGUCAGAUCACAGGGCCAUCCAGAGCGAGUUUGAUCUCACGACGCCGGAGAGAACAACGGACUCGAGGCUGCUGUUCAAGAACGCAGCAUG